AUGUUGCUCUCUGCCUCCCGCUCAGCAGCGCUCUCCGUUGGCAUUGGCCGACGAGCAGCCAGCACCAUUGCCCUCAAAUACUCAAAUGCCGUCUUUAACGCCGCCCUCUCAAAGUCGCCGCAGGCUCUCAACAAGGUGCAGAGCGAGCUGAACACGAUCGCCAGCUCUAUCAAAGCGAGCCCGGAGCUCAGCACGUUCGUGUCGAACCCGACGCUCUCGGUCAAGGACCGCUACGCAGGGCUAGCUGCGCUGUAUGCCGCGGCAGAGGGCACGGGUGCGAAGAAGGAGCCCGUGUCGGAGGUCACGAAAAACCUGUUCGUCGUCCUCUCGGACAACGGCCGCUUGGGGGAAGCGCAGGGCGUCAUCGAGGGCUUCAACGAGCUCGUGGCGCAGCACAAGGGCGAGCUAACCGUGACCAUCACGUCCGCGGCGCCGCUGCCGAAGGAGGUGCAGACGCGCUUAGAGGCGUCUCUCAAGCAGUCGCAGGCGGCCCAGCAGGCCAAGUCGGUGAAAGUGGAAAACAAGAUCAACCCGUCGGUGUUGGGCGGUAUCGUUGUUGACUUUGGCGACAAGACCCUUGAUUUGAGCGUUGCAUCGCGGGUGACGAGGCUGAACAACCUCCUGCAACAAUCGGUAUGA